CCGCCUUACAUGGGACCGCUUCCUUAAAGAUGGUCAAAAUAAUGGGCCCACACCGUCUUCUCAGGAACCCUGGAAAAACAAAACCAGUGAGAAAAAUGUUAUCUUGCUAGUUGAUACCUUCUGUACGAGUUCAAAUUAAUGUACUUUAAUGGCCAAGAGAAUACACCUAAAAACACAGAUGAAUGGGGAAUCGGGAUGAAUGAACUACUACUGUAGAGAGUAGGGAUAUCCCAUCAACGGUCUCGAUGUUGACUGUAAUGCUCCAGACAGCCCUCGAGGUGGAGCUCACCACUAUGGAACUACUUUUUUCUUAGCGCCAAAGCUGCCACGUCAAUGUCGGAUGAUACUCUGGUGUACAUCGAAAAUUAGUAAUAAAAUAUGAUAGGAAUACAGUCUAGGCGCUGGUAUUUGUAAAUCGUGGAAGGGACACCCACCGUGCGGCGGAUUUUGUUUUUAUUAAAUCCACUUUAAUGGAGAUUUGAAAUUGCAUGUCGUAGACAGCAAAGAUCCUCUUUACAUUGUCGGUCGGCCUUUUCGGUCUGACUAUCUUACCUCCUGCGCUCAGAAAAAUCGCUGCAAAUCAAAACGUGCAGUCGAUUUUGGAAAGUGCAGUUAUUUUGGUGGAAUGUGCACGUCAUCUCACGCAAAUAUGCCGUCCUGGCGGACCGGAAACCCUAGCUGGCGUCGAUUAUGGAGUGGCGAUGCUCAAAACGAAUAAAUUUGAUGUGUGAAUGUGGUUGUCGUAAAGAGUGAAUAAGUAGUUGUGUUUUGGAGAUGGAUAUUCUGUUAUUGUAGAUCUUGGGUUUGUGUGGCGGAGGGCUCGAUCUACGCCUGACACGGCCUCGAAUCAGAUAUUCCGUAAAAUUGAGGGGACAUGACAGGCACUGAACAUCCAACUCAAUGGGGGCUCACAAGUACCAACUUAAUGGGUGUCUACUCAAUUGAGGGGACUCAUACUCCUGUAUUAUAUGUGGGAAAUCCUGUAGCUUAAUUGUAAAAGGUCCCUUGGGGCUUAUAAAAGUGUCUUUGGUCAUGUUUAUUCAUCUGCUCAGCCGGUGAAGUAUGGAUAAAAAUCAUCUUGACUGCCAAUAUCCGGGAUGUUUCUUUUGUGUCAUGAAAGAGGCAAAUCCAAGCAAGCGGCGGACAAGUAUUUUGAAUUUUUUUAAAGAUCUACCCUCUCAAGAUGAUGAAGGCCAGGUUCUUGCCAUUAGUGGCCUGUGGAACACUGCUAUGGCACAUCCUAAUGACCCUGAGUUCAUUGACUUGGGUAUUUUUGAGUGCAUGUCAGCUCUUAUAUUAAAAGGUUUAAAGAAUCGGCGGUGGCUUGCUCAUGAUCAGAACAUAUACAUUCCAUACUAUGCAGCCCACAUCAUUGGGUCAUACACUAUGAACAUUGAGGAGUUUGCUGAGAGGGCUGUGCAGGCAGGAGUUAUCACUCCAUUGGUGGAGCUUUUAAGUGGAAGACUGACCUGGGUGGAACAAAGAGUAGCAGUGCGAGCACUGGGUCACUUGGCCACGUAUGACAGUACAUUUCCUUCUGUUGCAAGUCAGGGAGAAGUCCUUGAGAUUUCUAUGCAGCUGGCACUAAGUUCUCUUGAAAUUGUUUACACACAUUUUUACCAGUUUCCAGAUAGGCGACUGAGCUACCAUUGCGACCUCCUUACACGCGGAAUGGGUGGUUUGGAAAUGGAGUCGCGGAAGGCUGAAGAAUGGGCCAGCCAGCUUCAGUGUUGGUCACUCCAGCUUAUAAAUUGUUUUGCAUUUAAAGCAGAGUUCCUUUCCACUAUUUGCAAACCUGAUUUUCUUAUUAAAUUACCUGGAAUGUGGGGUGGCCUUGUAAAUGAGAGUUCACCAGCUGGUAUUGGAUUGUUACGAACUAUUUGUCAUCAUAAACUUGGCCGUUUGCCUGUGGCAAAUUGCCCUAGCAUUAUUGAAGCACUUUGUAAUAUUGCACGUUCCUCAGAUGACUGGCAAUAUAUGGCGGUGGACUGUCUUCUUUGGUUGCUUCAGGACCCAAACACUCGGCAUAAGGUCAUGGAAAAGGCAGCACCAGCACUUGUGGAUCUAACAGAAUUAUCAAGUUUGGGAGACCAUAAAAAGCUCGGGGAGUCAAUAACAAAUGUUCUUCUUCAGGAUUUUAAUUCAUCACAAGUAUCUCUUCGUACAAUGCUCACUUCCCAUACAAAAGUACUACUUGAUGAGUUGGCAAAUAUGCGGCAAAGACUGAAAUGGGAGAAAAAUAUGCCUAAAGAAGAUCUACACAUAAAACAAGCAGCAGCACUAGUGGUAAAGCUUGAGGGAAAUUCUCUUUUUUCCUCAGGAGAUAUUGCAGGUGCAGCCUCGAAGUACACUGAGGCACUGGCUCUGUGUCCUGUGAGGUCUAAAAAAGAAAGAUUGGUCCUUUAUAGCAACCGAGCACAAUGCUACCUUCUCUUGCAAGAGCCUUUGUCAGCAAUUAGUGAUGCAACACGUUCAUUGUGUCUCCAUAACCCUGUUAAUCGUCAUGCAAAGAGCUUGUGGAGGAGAGCCCAAGCUUAUGAUAUGCUGGGGUUGGCCAAAGAAAGCCUGUUAGAUGCUAUAUUGUUUAUCAAUGAAUGUUCCCAGUCAACAGAUGCUGAUCUCUGCCUGAGGCAAAAUAAGGUUCCUGACUAUGCUGAACGUUUGGUAAAGAAACAGAUGCAUUCUGCCUGGUUGUUUAAAGAAGCAGGAUUGAAACAUGGGGGUGUUCAUUAUGAUGGUGAAAGGGGUGAAGCAUAUGGCAGAGAUGGUGAUGAUUCUGAGUGGGAAACAGCUAGUGAGAGUGAUAUAGGAAAUGAGGAAAGGGAAGAGACCAAUGAUGAUGAAAGUGAGUUGCAAAUUGAAGAUGACAGGAAAAUGAAACAUGAAAAGCCUCCAAUUUUCAAAGGCAGAUUGGAAGCAUGGAUACAGUUUGCCAGCCUGAAGAAGAUGGAAAAUACUAGAAGAGAUUUAUUUUAUUGAUGAGAAAGCGUAGCUUGUAUGAUAUUCGGAGAUUGGAAUGAUACUUUGCCUAGCUGCUUUGCUUGGAAGCAUAGUAAGGAUGCUUAAUAUGAGUCUGCUUUGUACGACUAUUCUAACUUGAAGAGCACGACUUUCUUUGGAAUUGCCUAAGAUAAAAAUUCCUGUAUGCUUAUCUGCUAUGCAAUGAUUUUGGGUUAAGAGGAGGUUUAAUUUGCUGCAGAAAAUUGAUUGCGCAUUACUAUUUUCUGAUCGUCUUGCACAGCGGUUUUAACUAGUUUUCAAGGCUAAUAGUUGGAAAAUAUAUUUCAAAGCAGUGAAUGCAACUGGACUUUUAUUGGCCAUCAAAGAUUGAAAAACCCUUUAUGAUAGCCAUCGAGAAGAACUUGGCCAAGCUGAAUUUAUUUAUUUGGUAUUUGAGAUGUACCUAAUUUUUGUGAUGAUUCUGUAAGAAAUUUAUGUACAUUCCACCCUUUUGAACAAAACAGAGGGUGAUUAAUUAUGUACAAUUUGUUUAAUCCA